CCGUUUGUUACAAGUUUCUAGAAUCUAACCAUGGACUCUCCAGAAGUCGAAUCUGAAAGGUCUAAAUACGCUCCACCUGAAUUACUUCUUCCUAGAUUGUUCUACACAACAAAAGUUGCCCGGUAAGGUGAUGAAAGAAGGUUUUGAUGCCCAUUUUCCAAAAAGUAAUGGAUCGAGUCACUCAAGUAUUACGGCUGCUCGUGUUAAUCCCAUUUUUUGUUAUUGCAGCAGAGGGAACUGUUCAGGAAUAUAAUGCUAUUAUGAUACUCAGGGAUGAAUGGGGCAUAAACCCUCCAAGUUGGGUUGGUUCAGAUCCUUGUGGCGACUGGGAUGGUAUUACUUGCACCAAUUCACGGAUCACUGCUUUAACAUUGGCAGACAUGGGUUUGAAAGGCGGGCUACCUAGUGAUAUCGAGACAUUAUCUGAGCUACAGAUUCUGAAUCUGGCUUUCAACGAGGACCUGAAGGGACAACUUCGAGCAUCAAUUGGAAACUUGACCAAACUAAAAACCGUAAUCCUGGAUGGUUGCAGAUUCUCUGGUCCUAUUCCAGCUACAAUAGGAUCUUUAAAGCAACUUUCUUAUCUAUCUCUGAAAAACAAUAGAUUUAGUGGUCCAAUUCCACCUUCCAUUGGCAAUCUAGCCAAUCUUGUCUUUCUGGACCUAUCGGACAACAUGCUUGGGGAUUCCAUUCCAGUCUCUAAUGGGACUGCACCUGGUCUUGAUAUGUUAAAUAAAACAAAGCACUUUCAUUUUUCAAAUAACCAGCUCUCGGGCAGCAUUCCACCUCAACUGUUCAGCUCAAAUAUGCCUCUGAUACAUUUGAUUUUUGACAGAAAUAAUUUUACUGGCAGCAUCCCUUCCACACUUGGACUUGUGAAAACUCUGGAGGCAGUACGCCUUGAUAGAAAUUCAUUAAGUGGGCCUGUACCUACGAGCCUCAGAAAUCUUACAAAUGUGUCUGAACUGCACUUGUCCAACAAUAAGCUGACUGGCCAGGUGCCCAACCUUACUCUCAUGGAUUCCCUCACCUAUGUGGAUAUGAGCAAUAAUACUUUUGAUGCGUCAGAUAUUCCUAAUUGGUUUUCAACCUUGAAGUUCUUGACAACAUUAAUGAUGGAAAACACAGGACUUCAGGGACAAGUCCCUCAAGCCCUUUUCAGCCUUCAAAAUUUGGAGACAGUGAUACUAAAGAACAACAGUCUCAAUGGUACAUUGGAUAUUGGAACCAAUAUUGGCAAUCAAUUGAACCUAAUUGAUCUGCAGAAGAACAACAUUGCUGAUCUUGCACCAAUUGAUGAGGGAUCCAACUACACAUUGAUUCUAGUUGACAAUCCAAUUUGUGAGGGGAGUCAGAAUAACAUGGCAAAGAACUACUGUAAUGGUUCUCCUACUAAUUCCUCGAUUUCAACUACACCAAGUAAUUGUGCUGGCUGUAGUUCAGGCCAGGUUGCUUCCCCCAACUGUAAAUGUGCAUCUCCCUAUACACGGACUCUAGUCUUCUUAUUUGUUUCUUUCUCAAACUUGGAUGACAUCAAUUAUUACAAAGCUCUCUCAAACAAUCUCACAAGAUCUCUUCACUCCAAAAACCUUCCUGUGGAUUCAGUUUCACUGAGUCAUCCGAGCUGGAGCUCAUCUUAUCAACUUGAAAUUAUCAUAGAAAUUUUCCCAUCUGGUGAUCAAGUUAGCUUCAACCAAACAGAAAGUUCGGCGAUUACAUCUGUUCUUAGCAACCAGAGUCUAGAGGGACGUCCAAAUUCUUUUGGACCCUACUCUUUUCUUGUUCUUUACACCAACUCUGGAGGAUCAAACAAGGGCGUGAUAAUUGGAACUGCAAUUGGAGGUUCUGUGCUCCUUUCAUUAUUAGUCCUUGUAGGGCUUUAUGCUCUCCACCAGAAGAAGAAAGCAGAUGAGUCAAUGAGUACUGGAUCGAUCCUUUUGACAGGGAUUCCAAAUAGCAGUGCUGCGGGUCCUCAACUAAAAGGAGCAAGAUUGUUCUCAUUUGAAGAGCUCAAGAAAUGCACCGAUGGUUUUUCAAAAGCAAAUGAUAUUGGAUCUGGGGGUUAUGGCCAGGUGUAUAAGGGAAUUCUUCCAACAGGCCAAAUGGUUGCCAUUAAAAGAGCUAAACGGGAAUCUAUGCAGGGAGGAGUUGAGUUCAAUGCCGAGGUUGAGCUCCUAUCACGAGUACAUCAUAAGAAUCUUGUUGGCCUUGUAGGCUUUUGUUUUGAGCAAGGAGAACAAAUAUUGCUAUAUGAGUAUGUUCCAAAUGGUGAUUUGAGGGACAGCCUAUCAGGGAAGUCCGGAAUCAGGUUGGACUGGACGAGAAGACUUCAAGUAGCACUUGGUGUAGCGAGAGGUCUGGCAUAUCUUCAUGAACAUGCAAACCCAACCAUUAUACACCGGGACAUCAAAUCAAACAACAUACUACUCGAUAAAGAUUUAAAUGCAAAAGUUGCUGAUUUUGGUCUCUCCAAGUCAAUUGCUGAUAGUGGAAUGGAUCACUUAUCUACUCAAGUUAAAGGGACACUGGGCUACUUGGAUCCUGAAUAUUAUAUGACUCAACAGUUGACUGACAAGAGCGACGUGUAUAGCUUUGGCGUGGUAAUGUUGGAGCUGAUAACUGCUAGAAGGCCAAUAAUGCAAGGGAAUUAUAUAGUGAGAGUGGUACAGAUGACAAUGGAUAAGUCGAAAGAUUUGUACAACCUUGAUGACAUUCUUGAUCCAUUCAUUGGUUUAGGAACAGAGCUGAAAGGUGUAGAAAUGUUUGUGGAUUUGGCAAUGUCUUGUGUAGAAGAACUAAGGGAUAAAAGACCAAGAAUGGGGGAAGUGGUGAAACAGAUAGAGAACAUUAUACAAAUUGCUGCUUUGAACGCCGGUACUAAUCCAUUGUCCACUUCGGCAAGUUAUGAGGAAUAUGACUGUAAGGACAGCACCGAGGAUGUUUACAGCAGACCCUUUGAUUAUAGUGGAGUUUUUGACGGAUGAAGAUGGAAGUUUAGUGAGUAUGAUAAUACUUUAUAAAAUUGAAGUUGGUAAAGUCUGGAUUAUUUUUAGAAUUUUAAUACCCUAAAUUGAUUUGAAUGGGGAAUUUGUGUUGAACAUUCUUUUUUGCAACAAGGAAUUGCUAAAUAUGGAACUGUAGGUUGCAUUCAGUAUCAUAUGAGUAAGAAAUAGACCAACAAGGACUGCUUCUCUCUUGUCUUGGAGAGAUUGUACCCUGUGCAAGUGGAGUUUCUGCA